CGCAAGUUAAAAUAAACAACCAUUGCUGGGUGUCCUCCGGGACAACCUAGCUCUUCAAGGUGGCUUCGAGUCAGGCAAUCUUGGCAUCGGCUAGUGCCAUCAAGAAUCUUACAACAUUAUUACCACCUACAUUACAGAAUUACGUUCAGGCAACAGUUGACCACCUCUCCGAAGCUGUCGUUGGAUCCAGCGAGUAUCUUGCUUCCCAGGGAGUUUCAUAUUCAACAUUAGCCUACACUUCCGCUGUGCUCGCCGUACCUUUCAUGAUGAUGUCUCGAUUUUGGGGCCGUAGUCGCGACAACAUAUCGCCAUACGCUUCACAGACCGACACUCAGGGCGUGCCUCAUGUCACCGAAGAUGACUUUAGCUAUAUAACAUCCGAAGAUCUUGAAAAUACCCUACCAUCUUCUUCUCGGGCCUAUGAGCCUCAAAGUCGACGAGCCCCGCCUCCUGCUAAUCUCGACGAUGACGUUCUCUUAAUCAAAAAUAAGGGUGUUACAUAUCCCGUACAUUUCCCUGCAUAUUCAAUCGGCGAUGGUAAAUUACUCGUGAGAGAUGUGCGGGUUCGCGUGGGAUUGGUUAUGGAUCUCAGUGACCGUCGGACUCAUCGUAUGAAGAUGCUCUACAAAGGCCGUCAACUCACAGAGCAGGAUGUUCCCAUUCGCGACUACGGCGUGAAGAACAAUAGCGAAUUGCUAGUUGUAGUACCUGAGGGUAAACUGAGCGACGAGGAUGACGGGACCAGCAGCGAAGAAGUCAUCGUCACAGAGGGUCAACAGAAGCCGAAGAAGGCUAAGAAAAACAAGGGGGGUCGGAAGAAGAAGAAAGAUCGCAUCGAUCCCCGCGAAAGUACUGCCAAUCUCGAAGUACCCGGGCAGCGAGAACGAGAGAGCAGGAAGCCGUCCCCAGAUCCGUCUAUUCACCCAUCCAGGGUAUCGUCUCCUGCAGUGCCUUCAGGGCCUAAAGACAAGCUAGACGCGAUCAGAUCCCAUUUCGACGCACAACUCCUACCAGGUUGUCAGCAGUUUUUGGAUAACCCGCCAAGAGAUGAGAAGAAGUUAAAGGAUGAACAUCGGAGGCUAAGCGAAACGAUCAUGCAGCAUGUGCUGCUAAAAUUAGACGAGGUAGAUACGGGAGGUGACCUGGACGUCAGAGCGAUGAGGAGGGAGCUCGUGAAGUAUGUUCAGGAUGUCUUAAAAGACAUCGAUGAGUGUCUACCUCUUUCCAGUAGACCUAAGGAUAGGUGAUCUAUGCGCAUGCAUCUCUUCCUAUUUGCGGGUUCCAGAACUACCAUAUUUUCCAAGAUUCGCCUCUACCUUAGAUUGCUGUCGAAGCUACUUCAUUACGAUAGCAUCUCACUAGUUCUACCCAAGACAUAUCUGCUUAGUAAAUCACGGGUUCACAGGCUAGAUAGAUAUCGAU